GCCCUUCUCUCCUUCCUCCCACGCCGCCUCCUCCUGCCCCCUUCUCCGUCCUCUUUCUUGAGCGACGACUAGGUGCCUGGCCAAAAUGCUCGUCCGCCCGGGCGCUGCGCGACAGCCCCUCCCUAUGCGCCAGCUCCUGGCAUCCCGCCAUCUCCGUCUUGCUUCCAGAUGCUGUGUUGCCGCUCCGCCCGCCCUGCUCGCUGAAACGCGGCGCGUCCUCACGACUGCGACCGAUGCACGGCCGUGGAAGAGGAAGUCCUUUCGCGCCCUCGUCGGCUUCGAGCGCAGCCUGGCUACCGCGGUCGAGGAGCGCCGCUUCGGCGACGAUGUCCCAUUCGAGGGCCUCCCCGGGGGGCUGGCCUCGCAGUACCAGUCAGAGCAAUCGCGGUCGCCGCUCUACAUGCUAAAGCCCCUCAGUGGCCGGUCCCCGCUGGUGCUGGACGAGCAGAAAGCGUACCCGCCUAGGCAGCGCGUCAAUCACUACGGCAUCCCCGGCGACGUCGAGGAGAUGCUGUCCGUCUUUGAGGCUUGCGUGCAGGUUGGCCGAAUGGACCGCGCCGCUCUGGUGCUCAAGCGCUUUGGGAGGAUGUCCGUCUUGGAUGGUCACGAGAUGAUGCAGCUGCACAAUCGGUAUCUGCAAGGCCGCGUCGCUCAACUCGCCGCCGAGCCCGACCGGGAAACGGCCGAAGAAGUUCACAAGUGGUUUGAGCUGAACAUCCGGGGACAACACCUGCCGAUUACCCCCCUCACCAUCGCCUGCAUGCUCAAGACGGCGCUUCUGACCUCGGAGGGCAGCGAUCUGAGCUCGAGGAUCGACCGUUACAUGAGCCUUAUGCCUCAGCAGAGCUCCUCAGAACCCCUGGACCUGGGAAAUGUUUUGACCGACGAAGACCUGGAAACCAUCGCCGAAAUAUGCCCCAGUUUCUACCUUCCCGAGGAUGCUUCCGUUCCGGCCGACGCCGACGCUGCGGCUGCCGAAGACGGUACCCUGGAGGAGCAGGCGGGUACCAGCGACCUGAAGAAGGGGCCGUCGACCGCCACCCCGGAAGUUCUCAGCACGCCACAGAAGGGCAUGGGGCUCAGAUCCUUGAAGGAGACACUUUCCCUGUUUGCCGAACUUCCGGAUGGCCUGGAUAUCGCCUCCCUUUCCCAAUCUCAACGUCAGGAGGUGCAAGCCAAGCUGGAGAGGGACUGCAUCGAUGCCGCGAUAAAUAGGUGGCGGAGUGAGAACGAGGCGCUGAUGAGCAUGGGUCUUAAUACGCAGCUCGCGACCCCGUCUCUCAAUUCGAGGCUGUAUGACUGGCAUCGGGCCCUGGAGGCCCGCAUUGCCGCCGAGCAAGCCAAGGUCGACAAGUCGGAGUCGGCUCCCAAAAAGUCUCAGGAGGACUUGGACCGUUGCCUGUACGGGCCGCAUCUCCUGCAGGCACCGGCCAAGCGCCUCGCCGCCGUCACCAUCCUCAGCGCGCUCAGCAUCCUCGCCAUGCAUGGCGCCGAUAAGGGCAUCCCGGUCUCCAACAUGGUACAGCAAGUGGCUAAAAUUGCCGAGGAAGACAUUCGGUCACAGAUCUUGGCGAAGAGCCUUCCCUACGCGAGAUUGAAGUUGAAGCACCGCAGGCAGCAGAAUGCCCGCCAGUUGAUUCGCCAACGGGAACGCAAGAUCGAGGAGCCCCCGAGCAAUGAGCCCGAGACCGGGGCCCGGACGCUCUCUGUCAACGCUGUCAGCAAGGAGAUUGGAGAGUCUCCACCUGACCGCCUGGAAGCUCGCUGGCCGACAGUUAUCCGGGCAAAGUUCGGUGCUGUGCUGCUCGGUGCCUUGAUCGACUCGGCCAAGAUCGUCGUCAAUCGGGAACACCCCGACACCAAGCAAAUGGUGACGCAAUCGAUGCCGGCCUUUAUCCACACUGUGCAACUCAAGAAGGGAAGGAAGGUGGGCGUCAUUCAGCCCAACCGUGCCUUGGUGGAUUUGAUGAAGCGCGAGCCCCGCGGGGAAGCACUUGCUCGCCACCUGCCCAUGGUUGUCGAGCCGGUGCCGUGGAGCCGCUUCGACAAAGGCGGCUUCAUCGGAUCCCCCAGCCCCCUCAUCCGGCUGAAGAACCACGAGAAGGAACAGCGCUUCUACGCCGAGGCGGCUAUCGAGCGAGGUGACAUGGAGCAGAUGAUGCGGGGCCUUGAUGUGCUGGGCAAGACCGCCUGGAGGAUCAACCGCCCCGUCUUCGACGUGAUGCUGGAGGCCUGGAACAGCGGGGAAGAGUUCGCCAACUUCCCCGCCCUGGACCCCAAGAUUCCCAUCCCGCCGGAGCCAGAUUCGACCGACGAUCCGAUGAAGCGGCGGUUGUGGGUCAGGGCUGUCAAGGCCGCCGAGAACGAGAAAUCCGGAUUGCAUUCUGUCCGCUGCUUCAUCAACUUCCAGCUCGAGAUCGCCCGGGCCUUCCGGGACCAGACGUUUUAUUUCCCUCACAACCUCGAUUUCCGCGGGCGCGCGUAUCCGCUGCCGACGUACCUGAACCACAUGGGCGCCGACCACAUGCGCGGCCUGCUGAUCUUCGCCAAGGGAAAGCCCCUGGGCAAGAACGGACUCCGUUGGCUCAAGGUCCAUCUCUCCAACGUUUACGGGUUCGACAAGGCCAGCCUGCAGGAACGCGAAGAUUUUGCGAACCAGAACCUAGAAAACAUUUUCGACUCGGCCGACAACCCGCUGACCGGCAAGCGGUGGUGGCUGGGCGCCGAGGACCCAUGGCAGUGCCUUGCGGCGUGCUUCGAGCUGAAGGCCGCCCUGUCAUCUCCGGAUCCCGCCGCCUUUGUCUCCCACUUCCCAGUCCACCAGGACGGCACCUGCAACGGGCUGCAGCACUAUGCUGCUCUGGGCGGCGACACUUGGGGAGCGCAGCAAGUGAACCUGUUGCCGGGAGACCGGCCGGCCGACGUGUACGCCGCCGUCGCCGAACUGGUACAAGAACAAGUGGCCAAGGACGUGGCGGCUGGUAACAACUUCGCCAAGGCCGUCGACGGGAAAAUUAACAGGAAGGUGGUCAAGCAGACGGUCAUGACCAACGUUUACGGCGUGACGUUCGUUGGUGCCAAGAAGCAGGUCCAGAAGCAACUGGACGCCCUGUAUCCGGACAUUGAGAAGGAGACGGGCAUCAGCUCGGCAAUUCUCGGUUCCUACAUCGCCUCCAAGGUCUUCGUGGCACUAUCCACUAUGUUCCGCGGCGCCCACGACAUCCAGAAUUGGCUAGGCGAGAUUGGCGGCCGCGUGUGCCGGGCGGUGACACCGGAACAGCUAGACAGGCUCGCCGAGUCGUCAGGCGAGAAGGUCGUCAGACGGAAGACGGUCAAGACGGAGCGCUCGACCGAAGACGAGUUAGCCUCCCAGUUCCGCAACACGCUUGUUUGGACGACGCCUCUACGGAUGCCCGUGGUGCAGCCUUACAGAAAGAGCGGCACCCGCCUGAUCUCCACCUGUCUCCAGGACCUGAUCUUGACUUCCACGGAGCGUGACGACCCGGUGAACCGGCGCAAGCAGCUCCAGGCGUUCCCGCCCAACUUCAUCCACUCGCUCGACGCCAGCCACAUGAUGCUGUCGGCGCUCGAGUGCAACGACAUGGGGCUCACGUUUGCUGCCGUCCACGACUCGUUCUGGACGCACGCGGCCGACGUGGAUGCCAUGAACACGGUCAUUCGCGACUCCUUCAUCCGGAUCCACCGGGAGGAUGUCAUUGGCCGUCUCAAGGCCGAGUUCGAGGCCCGGUACCGGGGCUGCAUCUACCGGGCGAAGAUCGACGCCGGUACCGACGUCGCCAAGGCGAUCACGGCGCACCGCAAGAAACACCGGCUGACGGCCAAGGAGGAGCUGCUGCAGGAGCGGCGGCGCCAACUGCUGCUGCAGUCGCGGAACCCGCAGGAGGUGGCCGAAGGGAAGGCAAUGGUCACGCCAGCCAGCAUCUUCGAGCAGAUGGCUACGCCCGACAUGGUGGCUAACGCGGUGGACCCCGACGAGCUGCGGGCCGACGACGAAGACGAGGAGGCGGCGAGCGACGGCGACGACUCCCGGGAGCCCGGCGAGCUCUGCGAGCCAGCGCCGCCUACGAAGAGCAAGGAACUCAAAGGCAUGGAAAACUUUGGCAACCAGCUCGCUGCGCUCCACGGAUCCAACUACUUUGUCAUGGAGAUGACCAAGUCGAUCAGGCGGGAGGGUAGAUACACGAAGACGCCGCCAGUCUGGCUGUGGAUGCCGCUCACGUUCCCCGACAUACCCAAGAAGGGCAGCUUCGACGUGGCAAAGCUCAAGGAGAGCAAGUAUUUCUUCUCCUGAGCGGGAUGGCACACGGCCCGAGGGAUCUCAUUCACUCUGUGUGUGUGUGUGUGUACAUUAAAAAGUGGCAUUCCCCCGGGUUUGCUUUUUGGCGGCGUUGUUUUUGAUGUAUGAGAAGGCAUGGUUGGCAUGGCGUUUGCGAGAAAGGGGGAGCUUGUCGGGACUGCAUGUACAUGAAUGGUGGUUGAGGUAUGAUUCCUUAUACUGUGUCAAAUCUAUAUGAUGUAUAUUAAA